AUGCAGAACACACCACAAGGAUGCAAUCUUAGGAAAGCGAAAAAAAGAGAACAAAAUUGUCGCUAUUAUGCACAACAUAGAGAACAAAUCUCUAAAAAGCGUCGCCUGGAGCGAAUGAAACACAAAAUGCUCUUGCCUACACCUCCACCAUGCAACACCCCACAGAUGAUCAAUUCAGAUUCGCCUAUUUUGAAUCAAAGCCUUCCUUUCUCAUCUGGCCAGACCAGUAUUGUAUCACAGCAAAUACAACAACCUUCAUUGCAUAGUAGCAAGCUACAACAGAAACAUGUAACACAAAACAGACAACCUCUAUACCAUCAGACAAUAUUGCAGCCUACAACAACACAACAAUGCACAACAAAUUGUUUCUCUUCUGUGCAGUACAUUCAAGCAUUGCAAGCCUUCCGCCAUCGCAUUGAUUCGUUGUCCAUGCUUCAAACAUGUAGUAUUUGUAAGGAAAGAUAUAUUGGAAUGCUGCUAUGCGGGAACCAACAACAUAUUAUUUGUUCAAGAUGCUUUUCUGAAAAUGGUGUUCAUCGUUUCUCCUUGGCAAAUAACUUAGACCCAGGCGAGCAACCUGUUGUGUUAAAAAAACUUACACAAGUAGAAGAGAUGCUUAUAGCUAGGGUUGCUCCUGUUUUGCAAGUCAGACAUGGAAAAGGUGGCCAAUACAAAUAUUCUGGUCACACAAUAAGUUUUCCCCAAGAUAUUUCAGAAAUUGCAAAGCUUUUGCCACGAAGACUAAAAGACCUUGAAGUUCUUAUUGUCCAUCGAAGUAAUAUACAAGGCACAAAAUAUGAUUGUUAUGUGAAUAAAUUCCAUGUUAUGGAUGCAUUGAGCUAUAAAAUACAACAUGACCAGUACUAUAAUGAUGUUGUCAUAGACUUUGAUGCUGUCAACCUGCUUCCUAAUACUACAACAGAUAUAUCAAAUAUGCUACGCUCUUUAGAAGAGCAUACUGAUGUAACAGGUAUUCCACCAACAGAAGACCUUCUGGACAAUUGCAAUGAAUAUGAUGCAAAUAUGUCAUCAUCUUUUGUUCCAAAACUGCCUCCUCCACCCCGCGAACUAGAUAUAGUUAAGAGAACCUUGCAGUUAGAUGUUGAUACUAAUAAUAAUAUCCCUUGGCCUGAAAUAAACUUGUCUCCGAUAAAUGAAUAUAAUACAAUAGGCUUGUUAAGCAUGGCAUUCCCAACCCUUUUCCCAUCUGGAGUUGCACUUCCACUACAGCCACGUAUCAAGCAUGUUUAUUUACAUGAAUAUGCUCUCCACUUACUUAGAUAUGCUGAUCAAAGAUUUGGGCAGCAUGUUAGAUUCCGGUAUUAUAUUUACAAUCUAAUUAUGAGACAUCGUUCGCAACAAUCUGCAGCUAUCUUCAUUAAAACUAAUUUGGGAGAGUCUAUCCCAACCACUAUCGAAGCACUCCAUGGACGAUUGCAAAACACUCCUGAUGAUCAGCUGCCUAGCCAAUUGUUGCGCUUUGGUGCAACUCUUCGAGGCACCCGUGCAUAUUGGCGUAAAUCUAGAAAAGAGCUUACUGCAAUGAUCUCCCAAUUGGGGCCCCCAACACUGUUCUUUACAUUAAGUUCAGCUGAUACCAAAUGGCCUGAUUUGCAUAGGCUUUUCUCUGAAAAUGAUGGCCAAACCACACAGUUUACAAGAAAACAACUUACAGACCAUGUGAUCUGCAAUCCACAUAUAACAGCAUUAUACCUUCACAACAAAUUUACAAUAUUUCGUGAAGAAAUUAUUCAAAAGUUGUUCCAAGCAAAGGAUCAUUGGUAUAGGUAUGAAUGGCAACAUCGAGGCUCAGGCCAUAUUCAUGGCUUCUUAUGGCUCCCUGGAGCACCAAAUAUGGAGACCAUUAAUUGGACAGAUGAUAAUGAGGUGCAAAUGGCAAAAACUUUCUUCGACCAAUAUGUUUCUGCUUGGAACCCUCGCAUUGCAGCAGACCGCAUGAAUGCAAUGCACUACACUGCAAUGGAUGACCCUUGCCUAGCUGAUACAAAAAAAAUCUUCACCAUGGAUGCUGCAUUGGAUUAUGAAGCAUUGCUUAAUACUUUACAGAGACACACAAAAUGUACAGAACAAACAUGCCUCAAGAAAAAAGGUCCCACAUUUGAAUGUCGUUACAAAUCUCCAUGGGUUCAACAAGAGAUGUCUACAUUGACAGUUGACAAUGACAACAACCCAUGCUAUAAACCUGCAAGGAAUGAUGAUCGUUUAAAUAUUCAUAAUCCUUGGAUGCUUUCACUAUGGAGAGCUAAUAUCGAUUGUCAACCAGUCACUUCAAAAAAAGCUGUCCUCCAAUACAUUUCAAAGUAUGCUUCAAAAUCAGAAAACAAAUCGCAAUCCUAUAUUGAAAUGCUGAAAACAAUACUAAAUACAAGUAAAUCUGAAGAUAGCAUUUUAUUAACAUAUCAGAAAUUUAUGAUGGGCAUAGUAGUAGACCGUGAUAUCAGUGCACAAGAAACUUGCCAUAUGUUACAGAAAUUGCCUCUUCUAAGUUGUAGCCGACAAUUUGUCUCUCUAAAUGUUGGCAGAAAAAUACUGCACCAUGUCAUAAAAUCAGAUAAUGGAGCUGACCUUUCCACAACUUAUAUCCAUGCUUAUAUGCAGCGCCCUUUUGAAUUAAAUGCAACAAAUUUGCUACAAUCAGCACAAGGGUUUUCCUAUAAUUCUCAACGCAAAAAAACAAAAUGGCACAUCAGGGAUAAAAAAGCAAUUGUGACUGUAUAUCCUCAGUUUACAGAGCCUCCAAAUGAAGAUACCAAUCAGUUUGAGAUUUUUUGUUUGUCUGAAUUGCUUCUAUACAAACCAUUCCGUGACAUCCCAACUGAAAUAGGAGCUUCAAAGGAACAAAUUAUAAAAAAUUGGAAAAACUUUAAAAAGACAAAUUACAACCGUUUGGGAAAUCAACAAAUUAUAGAUGAUUGCACCCUUCCAAACGAAGAUGACAGUGACAAUAAUGGUUCCCAACAUCAAGAUGAUACAAAUCUGUACGAGUGGGAGCAGCUCUCACAAAUGGGAGCUUCAAAUAACUUUGUCCAGAAUGAUCUGCAAAUGCUAGGCCGUCGUGAUUACGAUAUUAGCCACUUUUGGGGAGCAACUGUUGUGGUUGAUCAACUAGACUCCACUGCCCUUCAGUUCAUAGCUACAAGCAAGCUAAAAUCCCAACACACUAGCAUGCAAAUCUCUAGCCAAGACACAAAAAAAAACCAGCUAUCACCUUAG